UCCUCUMUAUCUUCCGGGAAGGAGCCAUGGAGGCCGUGCCGGAGCGGAAGAGGCAGCGCGAGGAGCCGGCGGACACGUCCGACCUGUCCGGAGAGGAUGAUGACGACUACGUGCCCUACGUGCCCGUCAAGCAGCGCAAGCAGCAGAUGCUGCAGAAGCUGCUGCAGAUGCGGCGGAAGGUGGUGUCGGAGGAGGAGCAGCGGGACAGCGGGAGCGAGCAGCGCGGGGACGAGGAUGACAUCCCGCUGGGGCCCCAGUCCAACAUCAGCCUGCUGGACCAGCACCAGCACCUCAAAGAGAAGGCGGAAGCUCGGAAGGAGUCAGCCAAGGAAAAGCAGCUGAAGGAGGAAGAGAAGAUCYUGGAGAGUGUGGCAGAGGGCCGAGCUCUGAUGUCAGUGAAGGAGAUGGCCAAGGGUAUCACCUAUGAUGACCCCAUCAAAACCAGCUGGAGGGCCCCUCGCUACAUCCUGGCCAUGUCGGAGGCACGGCACGACCGCGUGCGCAAGAAGUACCACAUCCUGGUGGAGGGGGAGGGCAUCCCGCCCCCCAUCAAGAGCUUCAAGGAGAUGAAGUUCCCAGCAGCUAUCCUGAGAGGCUUGAAGAAAAAAGGGAUCCAGCAGCCAACACCCAUACAGAUCCAAGGCAUCCCCACAAUCCUCUCGGGAAGGGAUAUGAUUGGCAUUGCAUUCACUGGCUCUGGGAAGACGUUGGUGUUCACCCUCCCGGUGAUCAUGUUCUGCCUGGAGCAGGAGAAGAGGCUGCCRUUCUCCAAGCGAGAGGGACCCUAUGGACUCAUCAUCUGUCCCUCGCGGGAGCUGGCCCGGCAGACCCAUGGCAUCCUGGAGUACUACUGUCGUCUGCUGCAGGAGGAUGGGCUGCCCCCACUGCGCUGYGCCCUCUGCAUCGGGGGCAUGUCUGUCAAGGAGCAGAUGGAGACCAUCAAACAUGGGGUACACAUGAUGGUGGCAACCCCCGGGCGCCUGAUGGACCUGCUGCAGAAGAAGAUGGUGAGCCUGGACAUCUGCCGGUACCUGGCCUUGGAUGAGGCUGACAGGAUGAUUGAUAUGGGCUUYGAGGGGGACAUCCGUACCAUCUUCUCCUACUUCAAGGGCCAAAGGCAAACCCUCCUCUUCAGUGCCACAAUGCCCAAGAAGAUCCAGAACUUUGCCAAGAGUGCCCUGGUGAAGCCCAUCACUAUUAAUGUUGGACGAGCAGGUGCUGCCAGCCUGGAUGUUGUGCAGGAGGUGGAGUAUGUGAAAGAGGAGGCCAAGAUGGUGUACCUGCUGGAGUGCCUGCAGAAGACCCCUCCACCAGUGCUGAUCUUCGCAGAGAAGAAGGCGGAUGUCGAUGCCAUCCAUGAGUACCUGCUGCUUAAGGGUGUGGAAGCUGUGGCCAUCCAUGGAGGGAAAGAUCAGGAAGAACGGACAAAAGCCAUCGAGGCCUUCCGGGAUGGGAAGAAGGAUGUCCUGGUUGCCACUGACGUUGCUUCCAAGGGCCUGGACUUCCCAGCCAUUCAGCACGUCAUCAACUAYGACAUGCCGGAGGAGAUUGAGAACUAUGUUCACCGCAUCGGGCGUACAGGCCGUUCAGGCAACACCGGCAUUGCCACCACCUUCAUCAACAAAGCCUGUGACGAGUCGGUGCUGAUGGACCUGAAGGCUCUGCUCCUGGAAGCAAAGCAGAAGGUGCCACCUGUGCUMCAGGUGCUGCACUGUGGGGAUGAGACUAUGCUGGACAUCGGAGGUGAGCGGGGCUGUGCCUUCUGUGGUGGCCUGGGCCAUCGCAUCACUGACUGCCCCAAACUGGAGGCAAUGCAGACCAAGCAAGUCAGCAACAUCGGCCGCAAGGACUACUUGGCCCACAGCUCCAUGGACUUCUAGCCUGGGGAGUGUGCUGCCUGCAAUCCCCUUGGAUGGGCCUGGGUUCCCUUUCAGCCCAGGGGCAUGUCUUGCACUGCUGUGGCCUCUUUUCCAGACUUUUGGUCACCGGGACUGUUGCCAGCUCAGCCUGACGAAGAUUCUGUCCCGGAAGGAAAUGUAUGGAGCUGUGCUGCAACAGCCCAUUACAUCAGCAGUGUGUUGGGCAAGCAGGUAGCAGUGCCUGAGGGCAAGAGAAAGUCCCAGGUGCAGCAACUGGUCUGGCCAGCUGCCUGCUGCCCCUGCCAGCCCCCUGCUGUGGUGGGGUCAUG